ACGGGGUUAAGGGUGUAUUGAUGGUACAGGGUUAAGGGUGUAUUGAUGGUACAGGGUUAAGGGUGUAUUGAUGGUACAGGGUUAAGGGUGUAUUGAUUUUGUAGAGCGGUCUGAUGGUUCCAGGUGUUUGUUCAAAGUCUUGUCGGCCAUCUUGUGUCUGAGAUCCAUUAGGGUCCUGCGGUUUCUCUAAUCCUCAUUCACAUGUAAUGGCACAGAUAGCAUGUGAAUGGACAGCCACAAACUGCAGAGCCGGCCGUUAGCCCACACGCUAAUGAACCCUCACUUUGCAUAGGUAUUAAUAUGGCUAGCACUAGGCUUUAACACCACAAAAUGAUGAAAAAGUCAAGGGGUGUGAAAACUUUCUGAAGGCACAUGUGGGGGGUGGGGGCUUCCUGUCAGCAUCACCUACUACAUGUGGUGUCAAUAGAAGGAACAGUCGGGGGCAGGGCAGGCUGAUGGCAGUAUAAGAAGCAGAGGGGUAGAGGGAGCUUUGUCACUUUGCUCUCAUUCACAGAGACAAUCACUCUCUGGACAAACACCCACGACGGACACACACACUGAAGACACACAUUCAUUAACUGAGAAGAGAUCCUGAGAGGGACCCACAGCACCACAUCAUCCUGCCCAGAGAGAGAGAGACUGAUUCCUGGGUAGAGAGAGGAGCUCCAGACCCUUCCUAUCCUGAGAGGGACCCACAGCACCACAGCAUCCUGCCCAGAGAGAGAGACUGAUUCCUGGGUAGAGAGAGGAGCUCCAGACCCUUCCUAUCCAGCCAUGAGGAUCAUCAGCCUACUGUACCUGCUGCUGCUGCUGCUAGUAACUGUUCUAGGAUCAGUUUCUGCAGUGAGACCAGACAUCUUGAACAUACGGAGAAGGUACCACAGACACCACUGCCCCCACCGCCGCUGCAUGCCCCUGCACUCCAGAGUACCAUUCCCCUGAGGUGUAACAGAGUGAACAUGGAGGUAAGAGAGAAGAGGAGAAUCUCUGUGACAUCCUCACCCCUCCUCUUCCCCCCACAGGACACCACACACACCUGUGGGGACACACCUGUAGACAAGAGACACGGAGUGGGGAAACACGGCGCUGAAGGACUGAACACUGAGCGAGAGACAUAGCCUGUGCUGAGACUGGGAGUUUGGGUAGAGAGGAGAGAGAGGACUACUGCUGCUGCUGUUGAAUAGACAAAGAUCUGAACUGGAGUCACUGGACUACCUGCCUUCCUGCUCACAUCACUUCAUAUACAUACCACCGCCAUCUAUCUGGGUACUGAGACAUUUAUACUAUAUACCACAGUUCCAAGACAUUUAUACUAUAUACCACCGUUCCAAAACAUUUAUACUAUAUACCACAGUUCCAAAACAUUUAUACUAUAUACCACCGCCAUCUAUCUGGGUACUGAGACAUUUAUACUAUAUACCACAGUUCCAAGACAUUUAUACUAUAUACCACCGUUCCAAAACAUUUAUACUAUAUACCACAGUUCCAAAACAUUUAUACUAUAUACCACCGCCAUCUAUCUGGGUACUGAGACAUUUAUACUAUAUACCACAGUUCCAAGACAUUUAUACUAUAUAACACCGCCAUCUAUCUGGGUACUGAGACAUUUAUACUAUAUACCACAGUUCCAAAACAUUUAUACUAUAUACCAUAGUACCAAGACAUUUAUACUAUAUACACAACAGUACCAAAACAUUUAUACUAUAUACCAUAGUACCAAGACAUUUAUACUAUAUACCACAGUUCCAAGACAUUUAUACUAUAUACCACAGUACCAAAACAUGUAUACUAUAUACACCACAGUACCAUCUGGGUACCAUAAAAACUACAGC